GUACUAGAGUCUGAACUCUUGUUUUUAAUUCUUUCCCCCAAAUUUUACAAGGCAUAAAAUGGAACACUCGGUCCUCAGAAUAACGUGCGUCUUGGUGGUCAUCUGUCUCUUGGAUACAAGGGUAGACUCCAAUGAAAUCUUAGGCCUGAAGCUUCCCAACAUAGACCCAGUCCUGAAUGCCAACACAGUGUGCCUAACAUUGCCAGGGUUGACACGGCGCCAACUGGAAGUAUGCAUGCGGAACCCAGACGUGACAGCUUCUGCGAUCCAGGGAAUCCAGAUCGCCAUCCAUGAGUGCCAGCACCAAUUCAGAGGGCACCGCUGGAACUGCUCCAGCCUGGAGACUAGGAGCAAAAUACCCUAUGACAGCAUAGUCUUUAAACGAGGUUUUAGAGAGAGUGCUUUUGCGUACGCCAUUGCAGCAGCAGGUGUCGUGCAUGCAGUGGCCAACGCUUGCUCCAUGGGUAAACUGAAGACAUGUGGCUGCGACGAGAAGCGGCGUGGGGAUGAGGAGGCCUUUCGCAUCAAACUGCACCGCUUGCAGCUGGAGGCCAUCCACCGGGGGAAGGGUAUGGUGCACGGUGUCAUGGAGCACUUCCCCGCUGACCUGCCAGGACCCCAGGACUCCUGGGAGUGGGGUGGCUGCAGCCCCGAUGUGGAAUUUGGAGAGAAGUUUUCGCGGGACUUCCUGGAUGCCCGUGAGACCUACAGAGACAUCCAUGCUCGUAUGAGGCUGCAUAAUAAUAGAGUUGGUAGACAGGUGGUUCUUGACCACAUGAGAAGGAAAUGCAAGUGCCACGGGACAUCGGGGAGCUGCCAGCUGAAGACCUGCUGGCAAGUCACCCCGGAAUUCCGGGUAGUGGGCUCAAUCCUCAAAGAGCGCUUCCACAUCGCCACGCUUAUCAGGGCUCACAACCGGAACACCGGACAGCUCGAUCACUCCCACCACAACAACCAUCACCAUCAUCACCAUCAUCAAAACAGCCACCAUCACCACCAUCAUACUCAUCGGCGGCGGCCAAGCAUCAAUGAACUGGUCUACUUUGAAAAGUCACCAGAUUUCUGUGAGCGGGACCUGGGGUCGGACGCAGCUGGCACGCAGGGUCGAAUCUGCAAUAAGACCAGCCCCGAUAUGGACAACUGUGAGAGUCUGUGCUGCGGUAGAGGCCACAACAUUCUGCAGCAGACGCGGAUUGAGCGCUGCAACUGCAAGUUCCACUGGUGUUGCUAUGUGGUCUGCGAAGAGUGUAGGAUAACAGAGUGGGUCAGUGUCUGCAAAUGAAGAAACACACAUCAGAGGACUAAAUAAAGAAAACAAAUAAAAAGAGAUGUUAAAAUCAAGGCUAUUAAGAUGAAAGGGCAAUGUGACUAAUAUAUGUGCCCCAUACCAUUUCGCUGUGGAUUGCUCUUCCUUCAGGGCAAAGACAAAGUGGGAAGCAGCUGAGUCUGCAGAAAGAUAGAUGUGCGUGUUGGUGAAGAGUGUGCACAUGCAGCCUGUGUCUAAAGCUACCACAGAUUGGAGAGCUUGGAUGUUAACUGCCUUUCUCUUCAGGCUAAGGAGAAUAGUUACAUCCAAUAAAUAGCUGAAAAAUCCAAAUAUGAAAUCAGAUCUCUGAAAGCAACAAAUGAUUGUUGUUUCAUCAGCAUAUUUUGACUGACAUCGAGCUGCUGGAGGCUCAGGUGAACAAAGAGGAUGUUGAGAAUAAGCAGACAUUUGCAUGCAGAAAGAAAAUAAUAUUAAUUUAAAACACCGGAGAUAUAUAUGUGUAUAAG